GCCCGCGGUUCCGCAGGGGGCGCAGGCGGGCGCUGUGCAUGGAGCCGGGCGCGCGCGUCCCCCUGCCGCCGGCCAGCUCGCGGGGAGGCUGCCGGCUGCGCUGUCGGUUGCGAGGCGACAGCGGCGGGAGCGAGCCGUCGGACCACCUCCAGGAGGACUUGAUGCUGCCCCCUCGGGCCAGGUGCCUCCGCUCCGGGCACCCGCUGCGCCUGGAGCUCCUGUGCGACCUCUGUGAGGAGGAGGAGGGAGAGACCUUUGUCCUGUGGAGCAUCGGCCUGGGCUCUUCUCAACAGCAGAUGGAGAAGCUGUGGCAAUCCGAGGGGGCCCCCCGAGGUGGCGCGGGGAGCAGCCGCUCCAAGAGGAACGUCAACGCCAGCCCUCAGUUCCAGAUGCCAGCCUACCAGGCUUCAGUGCCGGAGAACAGGCCGGCGGGGACCCCCGUGAUCAUGCUGCGGGCCUUGGACCCCGAUGAGGGCGAAUGGGGCCGCUUGGACUACUCCAUGGAUGCCCUCUACGACAGCCGCUCCAACAGCUUUUUUGCCAUCGAUGCCCAGACGGGGGCCGUGACGACGGCUGAGGAGCUGGACCGGGAGACCAAGAGCACCCACGUGUUCCGGGUGACGGCCACGGACCACGGCGUGCCACGCCGCACCGCCUUGGCCACCCUCAUGAUCACGGUGAGCGACACCAAUGACCACGACCCGGUCUUUGAGCAGCAGGAGUACAAGGAGAGCAUGCGGGAGAACCUGGAGGUGGGCUACGAAGUGCUGACUGUGAGGGCCACGGAUGGGGAUGCCAGCCCCAACGCCAACAUCCUCUACCGCAUCCUGAAUGGGAACGGCUCCAACCGGAUCUUUGAGAUUGACCCCAAGUCCGGCGUCAUCCGUACCAAUGGCCUGGUGGACCGGGAAGCGGUUGAGGCCUACCAGCUGAUGGUGGAGGCCAACGACCAAGGCAAAGACCCAGGGCCACGCAGCACCACAGCCACGAUCCACAUCACGGUGGAGGAUGAUAACGACAACUCGCCGCAGUUCAGUGAGAAACGCUACGUGGUGCAGGUGCCCGAGAACGUGGCCUCCAACACUCACAUCCUGCGGGUCAAUGCGACCGACCGGGACAAAGGUAGCAAUGCUCUGGUGCAUUACAGCAUCAUGAGUGGCAACACCCGCGGCCAGUUCUACAUCGAUGCCCAGACAGGUAACAUUGAUGUGGUCAGCCAGCUUGACUAUGAGAUGAACAAGGAAUACACCCUCCGCAUUAGGGCCCAGGAUGGAGGAAGGCCCCCUCUUUCCAACAUCAGUGGGCUGGUGACCAUCCAGGUGUUGGAUGUCAAUGACAACGCCCCCAUAUUUGUCAGCACCCCUUUUCAGUCCACGGUACUGGAGAAUGUCCCUGUGGGCUACUCGGUCAUCCACAUCCAAGCCAUUGAUGCGGAUUCUGGGGAGAACGCUCGGCUGGAGUAUGCUCUGGUUGACACAAGCUCUGAUUUCCCCUUCACCAUCAAUAACAACACAGGCUGGAUUGUGGUGGCCUCUGAAUUGGACCGUGAAGCUGUGGACUUCUACAACUUUGGUGUUGAGGCCCGAGACCACGGUAGCCCCCCCAUGACCUCCUCGGCCAGCGUCAGCAUCACCGUCCUGGACGUCAAUGAUAACAAUCCUGAGUUUACUCAAAAGGAAUAUACCAUGAGGCUCAAUGAAGACGCUGCUGUGGGCACCAGUGUCCUUACAGUCUCUGCCAUUGACCGGGAUGUCAACAGCGUCAUCACCUACCAGAUCACUAAUGGGAACACCCGCAAUCGCUUCUCCAUAACCAGCCAGAGUGGUGGGGGUCUCAUCACCCUGGCCCUACCCUUGGAUUACAAAUUAGAGCGUCAGUACCUGCUUACCAUUACUGCUUCCGAUGGCACACGACUUGACACGGCCCAGGUUUUUGUGAAUGUGACAGAUGCCAACACACACCGACCAGUCUUCCAAAGCUCCCACUACACCGUGAACAUCAAUGAGGACAGGCCAGUGGGUACCACUGUAGUUAUUAUUAGUGCUACGGAUGAGGACACCGGGGAGAAUGCCCGCAUCACUUACUUCAUGGAAGACAGUAUCCCUCAGUUCAAGAUAGAUAUGGAUACUGGUGCUGUCACCACUCAGAUGGAGCUGGACUAUGAGGAUCAGGUGUCCUACACAUUGGCAAUUACAGCCCGGGACAAUGGCAUCCCCCAGAAAUCAGAUACUACCUACCUGGAGAUCCUAGUCAACGAUGUAAAUGACAACGCACCUCAGUUCUUAAGGGAUAACUACCAGGGUUCUGUAUAUGAGGAUGUGCCAGCUUUCACGAGUGUCCUGCAGGUUUCCGCCACCGACAGAGACUCUGGACUGAAUGGGAGGGUGUUCUAUACCUUCCAGGGUGGGGACGAUGGGGAUGGAGACUUCAUAAUUGAAUCCACAUCGGGCAUUGUUAGGACACUGCGCAGGCUGGACAGGGAGAAUGUCCCAUUGUAUGAGCUUAGGGCAUAUGCCGUCGAUAAGGGCAUGCCAGCCAUGAGGACCCCUAUUGAUGUCUAUAUCACUGUUCUUGACGUCAACGACAACCCCCCUGUCUUUGAACAGGAUGAGUUUGACAUUUUUGUUGAGGAGAACAGCCCCAUUGGUUUAGUGGUGGCCCGGAUCACUGCCAGCGACCCAGAUGAGGGCACCAAUGCCCAGAUCAUGUAUCAGAUAGUGGAAGGCAACAUUCCCGAGGUCUUUCAACUCGACAUCUUCUCCGGAGAGCUGACGGCACUGAUGGAUUUGGAUUAUGAAGCCAAGUCUGAGUAUGUCAUUGUGGUCCAGGCUACUUCAGCCCCACUCGUCAGCCGGGCCACUGUGCACGUCCGUCUGCUGGAUAAGAACGACAACAUCCCUGUCUUGAAGAAUUUUGAGAUCCUCUUCAAUAACUAUAUCACCAACAAGUCCAGCAGUUUCCCCACGGGUGUGAUUGGCAGAAUCCCAGCCUAUGACCCGGAUGUCUCCGAUACGCUUACCUACAGCUUUGAGCAAGGCAACGAACUGAGGCUGGUGCUCCUGAACCACAGCACUGGAGAGCUACGUCUGAGCAGGGCCUUGGAUAACAACAGGCCUUUGGAAGCGAUCAUGAGAGUAUCUGUGUCAGAUGGGAUCCACAGUGUGGCAGCCCAGUGCACUCUCCAGGUGACCAUCAUCACUGACGAGAUGCUGACCAACAGCAUCACUCUGCGGUUGGAAAACAUGUCCCAGGAGCGCUUCCUCUCCCCGCUGCUGGCCCUCUUCCUGGAAGGGGUGGCGGCCGUGCUGUCUGCUUCCCGCGACCACGUCGUCCUUUUCAACAUCCAGAACGACACGGAUGUGCAGGCCACCCAAAUCCUUAACGUCAGCCUCUCCGUGCUGCUGCCGGACGGGGCCCACGGCGGGCGCUACAUCCCCUCUGAGGACCUGCAGGAGCGGCUGUACCUCAACCGCACACUCCUGGCCGCCAUCUCGGAGCAACGAGUCCUGCCCUUUGACGACAACAUUUGCCUGCGGGAGCCUUGCGAGAAUUACAUGCGCUGCGUCUCGGUGCUAAAGUUUGACAGCUCGGCGCCCUUCAUUGCCUCUGACACCAUUCUUUUCCGUCCCAUCCACCCAGUCAACGGCCUUCGCUGCCGCUGCCCGCUUGGCUUCACCGGCGACUACUGCGAGACCGAGAUUGACCUCUGCUAUUCCAACCCCUGUGGUAGCAACGGGCACUGCCGGAGCCGCGAGGGAGGAUAUACCUGCGAGUGCCAAGAGGGCUACACAGGGGAGAACUGCGAGGUGAACUCCCGCCUGGGUCGCUGCACCCCGGGGGUCUGCAAGAACGGCGGCACCUGCGUCAAUCUCCUGGUGGGCGGGUUCAAGUGUGACUGCCUGUCAGGAGACUAUGAGAAGCCCUACUGCCAGAUGAGCACCCGCAGCUUCCCAGCCCACUCCUUCCUCACCUUCAAGGGACUGCGACAGCGAUUCCAUUUCACCAUCGCCCUCACGUUUGCCACUAAGGAACGGGAUGGGCUACUCCUCUACAACGGGCGCUUCAAUGAGCGACAUGAUUUUGUCGCCCUGGAGAUUGUCCAGGAGCAAGUUCAGCUGACUUUCUCAGCAGGAGAGGCAACAAGCACAGUAGCCCCGUUCAUCCCUGGGGGCGUGAGUGAUGGGCAGUGGCACACCGUCCACCUGCACUACUACAACAAGCCCAUCGUGGGGAUGUCUGGAGUUCCUCAGGGGCCCUCUGACCAGAAGGUAGCUGUGGUGACAGUGGAUGACUGUGACACUUCCGUGGCCUUGAAAUUUGGUUCCAUGCUGGGAAACUAUUCUUGCUCAGCUCAAGGGACACAGUCAGGCACCAAGAAGUCCCUGGAUUUGACAGGUCCACUGUUGUUAGGUGGCGUUCCUGACCUGCCCGAGAGCUUCCCAGUACGGAACCGGCACUUUGUAGGCUGUAUUCGGGACUUCCUGAUUGAUAACCGAGAGGUGGACAUGGCUGACUUCAUUGCCAACAAUGGGACGGUGCCAGGCUGUUCAGCCAAGAAGAACGUUUGUGACAGCAACACUUGCCACAAUGGCGGCACGUGUGUCAACCAGUGGAACACCUUCAGCUGCGAAUGUCCCCUGGGUUUUGGAGGCAAGGACUGCAAGCAAGAAAUGGCAAACCCCCAGCGCUUCCUGGGCAACAGCAUGGUCAUCUGGAACAACUUGGCCUUGGUCAUCACCCUUCCAUGGCACAUUGGACUCAUGUUCCGUACUCGGCAGAGCAACGGCGUCCUCCUGCAUGCGGCAGCCGGGCAGCAUUCUACCAUCACCUUGUGGCUGAGUGAAGGGAAUGUGCUGAUGACUGUGUACCGUGCCAACAGCCGGGUCUCCGCCCUGCGGCUGCACCAGGUGAAGGUGAACGAUGGGGACUGGCAUCACAUGCAACUGGAGCUGCGCAGCAGCAGGGACAACCCAGAAGCCCAGUGCUUAGCCACAAUGGCCUUUGACUACGGCUUGCAUCAGGUGGCAAUCAACAUCAGCAGCGAGCUGCAUGGACUCAAAAUGCGGAACCUGAGUGUUGGCGGCAUUCCUGGGGAGCAGGGUGAAGUGCAGCAAGGCUUCCGUGGCUGCAUGCAGGGUGUAAGGAUGGGUGAGACAUCAGCCAGUGCUGUGGCCCUGAAUGUGAACCAGGCUGAGAAAGUGAACGUGGAACGUGGCUGCAGUAUCCCAGAUCCCUGUGACUCCAACCCCUGCCCUGUCAACAGUUACUGCAAUGACGAUUGGGACAGCUACUCCUGCAGCUGUGACCCAGGCUACUACGGUGACAGUUGUGCCAAUGUCUGCUCACUCAACCCUUGUGAGCAUCAAGCCGUAUGCGCCCGCAAGCCCAGCUCCUCCCAUGGCUACACCUGCGAGUGUCCGGACAACUACUUUGGGCCAUACUGCGAGAACAAGCUUGCUCAGCCCUGCCCACGGGGGUGGUGGGGGCACCCUAUAUGCGGACCCUGCAAUUGUGAUGUCGGCAAAGGAUUUGACCCUGACUGCAACAAAACCAACGGAGAGUGUCGCUGCAAGGAGAACCACUAUCGACCAGGGGACAGUGGCAUGUGCUUGCUCUGUGAAUGCUACGCCACAGGCUCUCUCUCUCGCACUUGUGACGCUGAGACUGGGCAGUGCUCCUGCAAACCGGGCGUGAUUGGGCGCCGAUGUGACCGCUGCGACAACCCCUUUGCAGAAGUCUCCACCAAUGGCUGUGAAGUGAAUUAUGAUAGCUGCCCACGUGCCAUCGAAGCAAACAUUUGGUGGCCACGCACCCGCUUUGGCUUGCCUGCAGCUGCACCUUGCCCCAGAGGAUCUGUCGGCACUGCUGUGCGCCACUGCGAUGAACACAAGGGCUGGCUGGCACCCAACCUCUUCAACUGCACCUCGCUGACUUUUGCAGCUCUCAAGGGUUUUGCCCAGAGGUUGUGGCGGAACGAGUCCAUCUUGGACACGGAGCAGUCUCAGCGGGUGGCUCUCCAGCUUCGCAACGCCACGCAGAACACGGCCAGCUUCUUUGGCAGUGACAUCAAGGUGGCCUAUCAACUCUCAGCUCAGCUCCUGAAGCAUGAAAGCACCCAAGAAGGCUUUGGCUUGGCUGCAACACAGGACGUGCACUUCACAGAGAACCUGCUCAAGGUGGGAAGCACCCUGCUGGACAAUGGCAACAAGCGCCACUGGGAGCUGAUCCAGCAGUCAGAGGGUGGCACGGCACAGCUGCUCAAGAAUUUUGAAGAUUACGCCAGCACUCUGGCCCAGAACAUGCGCAAGACGUACCUGAACCCCUUCACCAUAAUCACACCCAACAUCGUUAUUUCUGUGGUGAGGCUGGAGAAGAUGAACUUUGCUGGCGCCAAGCUGCCUCACUAUGAGGCACUCCGAGGUGAGAAACCUGCAGACCUAGAGACUACAGUCAUCCUGCCUGAAAGUGUCUUCAAAGCUCCAGAGAGCAAACAACCUUCUAUGGCCAAUGCCAAGCAUCUCCCUGGUGAGGAAGAAGAACCUGCCCUGAUGACAAGACAGAAGAGGCACCCAGAUCUGAACGAGGGACAGGCCAUUGCCAGUGUGAUCAUCUAUCGCACACUGGCUGGUCUGCUUCCAGAGCAGUAUGACACAGAUAAACGGAGCCUGAGAGUCCCCAAGCGGCCCAUCAUCAACACCCCAGUGGUGAGCAUCAGCAUCCAUGACAACGAUGCCCUGAUGCAGCGGGCGCUUGAGAAGCCCAUCACGGUGCAGUUCCGGCUGCUGGAAACUGAGGAGCGGACCAAACCUAUCUGCGUCUUCUGGAACCACUCCAUUCUGGUCAGUGGGACUGGUGGCUGGUCAGCCAAAGGCUGUGAGGUUGUCUUCAGGAACGAGACCCAUGUCAGCUGCCAGUGUAACCACAUGACCAGCUUUGCUGUGCUGAUGGACAUUUCUCGCAGAGAGAAUGGUGAGAUCCUGCCCCUGAAGACCAUAACCUACGCCUCCAUUGCUGUGACGCUGGGCAGCCUCUUGCUCACGUUCCUCUUCCUGGCUGGCCUGCGGUCCCUGCGAUCCAACCAGCAAAGCAUUCGCAAGAACCUUGUGGUGGCCCUGUUCCUCUCUGAGCUCAUCUUCCUGCUUGGCAUCAAUCAGGCUGACCUGCCAUUUGCCUGCACAGUCAUUGCCAUCCUGCUGCACUUCUUGUACAUGUGCACCUUUGCCUGGGCGCUGCUGGAAGCGCUGCACAUCUACCGCAUGCUGAGCGAGGUGCGCGAUAUCAACUACGGCCCCAUGCGCUUCUACUACAUGGUUGGAUGGGGCGUGCCAGCAUUCAUCACAGGACUUGCUGUGGGCCUGGACCCUGAAGGCUAUGGGAACCCAGACUUCUGCUGGCUCUCCAUCUAUGAUACACUGAUUUGGAGCUUCGCUGGACCCAUUGUUUUUGCUGUUGCGAUGAGUGUCUUCCUCUACAUCCUGGCCACCAAGGCCACUUGUGCUGCUCAGCAACAGGGUUUUGAGAAGAAGGGGACAGUCUCCGGCCUGCGCUCAGGCUUUGUCUCCCUGCUGCUGAUCAGCAUCACCUGGCUGCUGGCCCUGCUGUCUGUCAACAGCGAUGCCAUCCUUUUCCACUACCUCUUUGCUGGCUUCAACUGCCUCCAGGGGCCCUUAAUCUUCAUCCUCUGUGUCCUCUUGUGCAAAGAAGUGAGGAAGGCUCUCAAAUCUAGUUGUGGCAAGAAGCAUGGCACAGACCCCACAUUCACCACCAAAUCUACCUUGACAGCGGCUUAUAACUGCAACAGCACCUAUGUUGAUGGGCAGCUGUACCACACGCCCUUUGGAGACUCCACUGGUUCCUUGCACAGCACUGUCCGCUCCGGCAAGAGUCAGCACAGCUACAUCCCUUUUGUGCUCAGGGAGGAAUCUGGCUUGAACAACAGCCAGGUGCACAUUGGGCCUCCAGAUCCCAGUUCACUUUUCCUGGAAGCUAAGGAUCCGAGCAACGAGCGUGACACUGACUCAGACAGCGACCUCUCCCUGGAGGAUGACCAGAGUGGCUCGUACGCUUCCACCCAUUCCUCUGACAGUGAGGAGGAUGAAGAAUUUCCUAGGGAGCCCUGCUGGGAAAACUUGCUGUGCCCCAACAAUGAGAAGCUGCCAGCACACAGCACUCCAAAGGUGGACAACCUCACUGGCCCUGGGAAACCUUACUGGCCAGGUGACUUUGUGACCACCGCUAGCGAGAGCGAUGGGCAUGUUGGCUCAGAGAAGCUGCGCGUGGAGCCCAUGGGAAAGAAUGACCGGCUGGGGCUCACAGAGGAGAUGCCCAGAGAGAAUGGAGAGACACAGACCAGGGACGGCAUCUUGGGCUCGCUGCCUCACCCCACAGCCCAGCCCCAGAAAGGCAUCCUCAAGAAGAAGUGCUUGCCGCCCAUCAGCGAGAAGAACAGCAUCCAGCGGAUCCACAACAAGCUCUCCAGCUGCCGCUCAGGGAUGGUGUCAUCGCACGGCUCUUCGGGGAGCGACGGCAGCCGUGGGGGAGGGCCCCCGCGCCCCCGCCAGACGCUACAGGAGCAGCUCAAUGGCCUUACGCCCAUCACCAUGAGCAUAAAGACUGGCACAGUGGAUGAGGACUCUUCGGGCUCCGAAUUUCUGUUUUUUAAUUUCCUCCAUUAACACGCGAGCCCCGGGGGGGUGCUUUGCUCAAACCUGCUCACGACCAUGCUCAUGUGUUUGUGUCCCCCCCCCGUCCCCCCGUCUCGCUUUGUGUUUGAUCACUGAGCAGGAGCGAUGAAACCUCAAUCUGACGCCAACGCCUGCACCAGGCUGUUUCCCUUGUGCUUUGGCCAGUCCGGGAGCCAGGAUUGCUCUCAAACCGCAGCGAGGAAUGUUGUCUCCUUCAGCCCAGCCCGGCCCAGGGAGCUGGACCCACCAUACCUAGUGCCAAAUGAAAACCGAGCUGCCGCCCCGGCACCUGGGGGGGAGGGGAACAGCAGGUCCCAGGAGGCGGACCUACUUGAACCGAUGCACUUUGGAUCAUUGUGAAAACAGACAAACAAGAAACACAAACUCAACCACCUCCACGUCUUCAGGGAUUUUCAUGCUUUGUUGCCCAGUCUGGAACUGCUGUGUGUCUGGAAUAUUUUUCUCUCUUUCUUAUCUAUCAGAAUUGGGCUGGGGGAGCCUCAGCAGUAACCACGUGCCCAGGCUUCUUGGAAAUGCAUUACCUGUGAAGAUGCUUGCAUAUCUGACAAUGGGGAUGAGCUAGGAGCCUGUGCACUUGAAGAUGGCUGCCGCCAGGGGGCACUGAAAACUGUAGGUUUUAGCAUGCGAGGCAAAUGUAGAUGGCAUCUUCCUCCUCAAAUGGUAACUUGUAAUUAAAGCCUGAGGGCGUGACAGACUUGGCCAUGCGGGAGGGACCUGCAUGAGACCUAUGCUACGUGCCGCUUGGAGAAAGUAGGCAGGCUUUGCAUUGAAGCUGACUCCUUCGGAGGCUCUAAGACCUCAGAUGCAUAUAAACAAAACCAGGAGAGAGCCCUCAUCCCCCUGCUCUGCAGUGUGUGUGUGUGUGUGUAUCAUAAUCAUGCUUUUUAUGACCCAGUAGCAUGGGCUUAAGCACACCUCCCAAGGUGCAACUAAGGCACGUUAAAACAAUGUGCAGGUCAGUCUCUGGCUAUAUGGCACAUAGGAAAGUUCGGAGCCCAAGAUCUUGGUUGUGCCAUGUCAAUCAAACAUAGAACUGAGAAGGAAAGGAUCGUCUAAAUAGCUUUCCCUGGACUCUGUAGACAUACACUAGCGCUCCCUGCAGGUGCGCAGUACCACCUCGUCUCAAGGAAAAUAAAAGGCUUUUCCUGAUCUGACAGUUUUAACAGAGUGGUUGGAUUGUUACAGAAACCCUGAGCCAUUGUCGCAGGACGCGAAUCGCCAUGAUGCUACCUACAGCCGUGGACUGGACAGAUUUGCUGGGUCUGCUGUGGAUCUAGCCCCUUCCCUGGGCCAGCCUCAGUGCCCCAGACUGCGCAGUGAGACCAGGGGCUUAGGACCUCCUCAGUGGGCCACUGUUGGCAUCCGUGGAAAUGCUCCAUCCUGGACCAGGGCUAACAUCCUUUUCAACCGUCUUUUGGUUGCGACAGCCACUCCUCUCCAAGCUCAGCCUGCCAAUCCAGUGACUCGGCCCCGUGGGGAUGCUCUGAGAGGCAGCCCACCAAGGUGCUGAGCGCCGUGGGUGUGGCCUGCUGAGCCGUCAGCCCAUGCUGCAAUUAUUUUCGUAGACAAUGACAAAAAGAAAAAAGUCCCACCUCCCUGCUCCUCUCAGCCAAUCAGCACCUGGUCCACGUGCUGCCAGGCUGGAGCCGGGAUGCUGCCUUGAUGUCUCUCAAUAGCGCCUGGCUCUCAUGCCAACAGGGUGCUGCCUUUCUGCCUCAGAAGCCUUCAUUUUUCUACACUCAGCCAAGCCUGAUGCCUGCUCAUAAUGGGGAUUUUCAUGCUGGGUCCUUUUGGAAAGUACUUUUUUAUAACGUUCCUUGGGGUGGGGGUGGGGGGAGAAGAGAGAUUUUUCUGAUAAGGGAGUUGGGGGAAGGGGGGGCGGCCGGGGGAAGAGGGGUGAAGGCACUGUUUAUUUUGAUGUUGUGGGUUUUUUUAAAAAAAAUAAUUGACCACUGCUGAAGGAUGUUCUAAUUUAAAAGAGAUGGAAAGCCCCUUAGGGGGCUACAUCUUUAGAUCCGUAGCAAUGUUAAGUCUCAUUAGCCGGGGCUAAUGCGCUUGAACUGACUUGGUCGAGGUUUGCACAAUGAGGAGUUAAUUGAGACUUGACCAUUGCUAUGGUCUGGCUUGUCAAAGGAUAUGGUUCCAAAAAACACACCCCAAGGCUUCUGUGUUCGUCGCCUCUAGGAAUCUUGGCCAUUGCCGUCAGGCCUUUUUAGUGGCCUCUGUCCUUGCCAAUUCCUAUCCUUUUCCUGGAAUGUUUUAACAUGGAUGUGAUUCUCAUGAACCUGUGUAAUGUCAGCCUGGCACUUUAGCAGCAGCCGCCCACAAUGCUAAGCAGACAAGGGGGCUCCGUUCCAGCCUCUUUAAUACAUGGAUUAUCCAGAGUCUUGCUUCCAACUAGUGUCCCCGGUAAGCCCAUUUAAGUGAAAGGAGAAACUGGUGUUUCCCUCGCUUCUCUAUCCAAAACAAUAGUAUCUAAUUUCCACCUGCAAGUCUAUGCUGUCUUUGACAUCCAGCCCCACCUGGGACAAGUUAUUCUCAUAUCUAAAGCAAAGUGGAGACCUGUAUUGAAAUGAGGGUGGUCCAGACAGCAAGGGCCCACAAUUCCCAUUGUGUGAUGCUAUCUGAUGGGUAUUCCAGCACUAAACACAGAUCAAGCAAUCUCUGGACUUCCUGUCUCCUCCCGUAGGUGACCGAGGCUUCUGAGCACAGGGAACUGGGUGCAGCCCUUGGUCCUUGCUGGUUUACCAAAUCAUCUAGAACAAAAGCUGCAUGUGCUGAUCAACUUUAGACACACGGAACAAUCAGAACCAAUUCAGAAAUGGACUAGGAGAGGCAACAAGAGGAGCUUACCCUCUCAGACUUUGCAUUGCUAACUCCAAGCGAGAGCAAGCAAUGUCCCGGAUCUCUAGACUCCAGUGAAGUACCUGCAGAAGUCGAGGAAUACCUUCUGUGGUGCUGAAUUAUGGCUUGGAGGGAGGACCAACAGUUACUGUUACCAUGUCUUCCAUAACACCGCCCCCUCCUACAGGAAAAGCUGGAUGCAUCUCUUCCUGCCAGCAUUUGCCAAAUAUUUUCUCUUUCAAGGUUGCAAGACAAGCAGCUAGCUAGCAGGUGCAGCCAUUCCUAUUACUGAAGCUGCAUGCUAGGAAAAGCUUCACCUGCUACCUUUUUCGCUUGCCAUGAGACCAGGAAAGACACAGGAGUUGUACUAGGGGGGAGCUUCCAACCUGCUCCCCACCCCAAUCCCUACAGUACCUCUAACCUAAGGUUUUAGCCUGCAACCCCCCUGCACAGAAUAGUCUACCGUACCUUCCUAUGCAAGCUCUUUCUCACGUGGAGAAAGCGCUAACUGAACAGAUCUGAAAAGCAGUAUUGAGGAAAGAAUUAUUCAGCACAAGCUCUCUCGAAGCAGCUGUUAACUUCUAGAACAAACUGUCUUCUGCCCCAUUACUCUGUCCAAGACGGGGCAGAAUUGGAGCGGCGAGGGCAUGUCCCUCCAUUUGUGACCAAGUGUUAAUGAAACCUUUAAAAGCACCAGAGAUUGAGGAGGCAGCAGCUCCUAGACGAAGCACCAUGCAAGAACUCAGCUUCUGCUCCAUUACUGCAAUUUGCAAAAUCUUUUUGAGUCUUAAACCUGCCGUCCGCAGAGAACCAGUUUCGCCCAUCUAUAGAAUUUAUGUGUUUGGCGUGUCUGCAUUUUAAUUUAUUUUUUUUUACUGUUAUCUUUUUGAUGUGUAUUCUUAUAUUUACUGGCAACUAUCUGCCUGCUGCUGUGCCAUCCUAGGGGAAGGGCUGGGACAAAUUAGAGAGUCAGGGGGGUGAGAGGGGGUGGAGAAAAUACCACCCUCUAAGUCCUUUGAACCAGAAGUGUUAAGUUAAAAGGUAUGUGAAGUCGGGAAACGUCUAGGGAAGUACAUGGAGAAGCAGCCUACUCCUGGUUAAUCAUCUUAAGCUGCAUCCUAUAGAAGGCACAGCCCGUCACAUGGAUCUUCCACCUGGGAGGUUAGGUAGAUCGGCUGACCCUGUGGCACUCAGUCAGGGAGGGAUGGGGAACCAGUGACUCUACAGAUGCCACUGGACUCUGCCUCAUCCCUUACCAUUGGCCAUGCUGGCUGGGGCUGGUGGGAGCUGGAGCCCAGCAACAUCCCUGUUCCUGCACUAAAUGGACCAUAUAAUAGGAGUCGAGAGUCUGAAUGAACUGGCACCUGCAGUGAAGUUGCAUUUGCUGCAGACUUUGGCUCUGCUCCUUUGCACAGCUCACCACAUCCUUCACUUCACAGCCACCACCGUCCCCACCUGAGCACAUGUCCUUGUGGACUCAGUGUGUCAAUAUUAGCUCCAAAGCAGCCGACUUGUCAAUCCACCACCUUCCUCUGCAAUAGCCAAUGGGGUCAUUUUCAGCAGAGCUCAACCAGAGCCAGAUACAGUUGCCUCCUUUUGCUGGUAGGGCACCAGUGCCUUGGAUUGCUGCACGACAGACAGCAAUUCAACAGACUUCUUUUCUGUUAUUGUAUCUUCAGGCUGGAAGAAGUGAAUGCUACACCUGUUGGAUUUCUGCCUGCCAGGUAGCUAUUGAAGGUGCUGAAGUGUUACCAGGAAAGAAUGGCAACUCUACUUUUCCCUAAGAAGCCUAGCUCUUCUCCCUUUUAGCAAGCCAGGGUGUAGGGGGGAGAUCAGAGGGGGGAAAUGUGGUGGUUUCACCUUUUGGAGGAACAAAAUGUUUUAACGACUGCUGUGAUGCUGGCUCUUCCCUGGAAACAAAAUAGUUGAAGUGUACAGGUAGGGUUGUUAAUGUAAAUACUGUAGGGUUCAUUCCCCUUACCUACUAAACAAUAAAACCAUAGUUCUGUG